AUGGCCAACGUAAGUGAGAGAGACUCAUUGGCAGAACGCUUGGAGGGCCUUGCGCCUGCGAUAGAAGAGAUUCGCAACAUCUCGGGUACUGCUGGAGUCUCCAUUGGGGUCUUGCAUCAGCAAGAAGUCGUUACCACUGCGGGCUUUGGAUACAGAGACAUACAAGCCAGGGAAGAGCCAAAUGAAGAUACUCUUUAUUACAUCGCAGCUCUCACCCAGUCGAUAACCGCCUCUGGAAUCGCUCUCUUGGUCGAGGAUGGGAAGUUACAUUGGGACAGCGCGAUUUCCAAUCUCGUUCCUAAUUUUCAGCAUCAGUCCCCGUUGAUACACCAUAACACUACCAUUGGGGACAUCCUAAGUCACCGCACAGGUCUCGAGCGGAAGGUCAGCCUUUGGAUGGGCGAGCACAGUUUGCCGCAGGUUACACGUAACAAGUUCACGAAGACGGCUGCGUAUCUUGAGCCCGUCCACCAACUUGGGUCCGAGUUCCUCGAGAAUAAUUGGACCUACGGGCUGACGGCCCAGAUCAUCAAGCAGCAAAGCGGACAAGACUUCAGCGAGUUCGUUGAGCAGAAUAUCUUCAAGCCGUUGAAUAUGGAGCGAACUGGGCUCGCUGGGAGUCGCCCCUUCCCCCUUGAUGUUGACAAUUUUGCAGAAGCAUAUAUGUGCAAUGGGGACACACCAUACCGCUUACACAAGCCGCCUGUUGAGACCAGUCCAGAGCACGAAGCCACUGUUGGAAUCAAAAGUUCGGUCAAUGAUCUGAUCAAGUACUACAUAGCGCUCCUCAAUGCCGCAAAAGAAGAAGUUAGCUCAAGCGGGAGACAUGAGCAGAGUUCGCCACUCAAGCAGGCACGAGAGCUAUUCAGACCUCACACACCAAUGGAAAGGCUACUCCCUAGCUUUGGCAAGACAGAGUACACCCUGGGCUGGGCGCAGGUAAUACUUCCCAGCGCCCUCGGUGCCUUAAGUGGCAACGCCGAGCUUGUGGCAAAAAUGCCUCGUAUAGGCGAAGGGCUAACAAAUGCUCCGCUCGUCCUCUAUCAGUCUGGCAGCUUGGGCGGCUAUCAGUCGUCCGCCAUCUUGAUCCCUGACACGAGUUCGGCCAUUGUCGUCCUCUCCAAUACCCUUGCGAACCAGCAUGCCGCAGACUGGAUAGCACAAGCCGUACUUGAAGCGCUUCUCGACGUCCCACACCCCACCAACUUCGUGGCUCUAGCACGAGAGGCAGCAGCAGAGAACGCCAUGCUCUUCUCUUACAUGCGUCAAGUCAUGGUUGCUGAGCGCGUUUUCGGGACCACAUGUCGAAGCCUCGAUACUUACGUUGGCAUCUACGACAACGCAGUCAAGACAUUCAGACUCGAAGUAUCCUCUGGCGAAGCAGGACUGAGGAUCUCCUUCAACAGCAGUCGUGAUUGGUAUAAGCUGAAGCACUACCAUUACGACACUUUCUCUUUCGAGAUGAACUACCUGGACUUCUUGAAGAAAGAGAUGCGGCCGGUGACGUAUUGGAGAUAUUUCCUGCUGGAGUUUCGUGAGGGUAUAGAAGGGGCAGAUGGGACCAUUGGGAUCAUUGUAUGGAGGCCUGAUCGCAUGGUGGAGAAAGGCGAGGCAUUUGUGAAGCGGACGGCUGCUGAAGGAGUGGUGGAGGCCUCGCGAGCGGUGAGCUGA